AACACACAGGAAUGAUAAGACAUCACUAUGAAUUCGAACUGCAACUUCAUUCGAAUAUUCUGGAUUACAACAUUUGCGUUAUGGAUAACAGCCGAGAGAGAAAAAUUGACUAUCGAUGAGGCACGAAUUCGAAUAAAUCGAAUACCUUCGGUAAUGCAAAAUGUUAUAGCAUAUGCCACAAAUGAAGUACAUCUCAAAAUGAUCUCAACCAACAAUAGCAAUAACAGAAUCAUCAAUGGAACUGGAACAACAAUCGAACAACAUCCCCAUCAGAUCGGUCUCCUAUAUAAAGGUUCACACAUCUGUGGAGGCUCAAUAAUUUCCGAUAAAUGGGUUCUCACAGCUGCUCAUUGCCUCGAUUGGUACCCUCUCCAUUCGGAGAUAUCGGUACGUUCCGGAAGCACUUACCAUGCCAAUGGUGGAACUGUUCAUCCGGUGUUUUAUUACCAUAUACAUGAAAAAUAUCUUCCAACGGAUUAUUCCUACGAUGUUGCCACUGUCAGAGUGAAAACCCCGUUUAAGGAUUCUGCACGAGUAUCUAUUCCACUGGCGACUUCAGAAUGGCUGGAUGGUGCAAACGUAACUGUCACCGGUUGGGGUCAAAACGAGCACAAUUCGUACCCAGAUCAACUCUAUAUGGUUACUUUACCCGUUGUAAAUCGUGAGACGUGUAAUGCAACUUGGUCAGGAUUAAUAACGGAUGACAUGUUGUGCGCUGGCGAUCGGGACAUAGAUUCUUGCGAUGGCGACAGUGGAGGACCUGCGGUCCAAGAUGGAGUUCAAUACGGCAUCGUUUCAUGGGGAGGAACGACUUGCGGUUCUGAUAAACCCGGCGUGUACACGAACAUCGCACAUUCAUCGAUCACAAAUUUCAUCAAACGUACGACGAGAAUUUAAUCAUGUUUCAUGUUAAUUCAUGUUAAUCAUGUUAAUUAUAUUCAUGAUCACUUCAAUUGUGAUUAUUCGUCCAUAGGAAUCAUUUUGUAAUUAUGAAAGAGGAGUUCUGUCACAAUUAUUUUAUUUGAAAAUAUUUGCAUAUUUUUCUCAGUAUAACAGUUACGUUGAAUCCAUGAAGCAAUUCUGUAGCGAUGUACCGGUUCAUCCCGAUGAUUAAACAUGAGAAACAUAUAUCGAAACAUAACAUAAGCAGCGAAAAGGGUCAUGUCAAAUUUCAAAAACCGAAUAUGUACAUUUUGUCUAUUGGCCCAAAAAAAAUGACCUGUGCAAAGUUUUAGCUCUAUCGGACAUGAUUUAGGGGUGCCUCAUAUGGCUCAAAGUUUUGAUUUGGAUGGGAUGGGAGGUUAGAGAAUAAAAAUGCUAAAAAUUGAAAAUGCAGCGUUGAUAGGUGCGACCAGUGGCGCAGCGUGACCGGCAGGGUUGCCAUCAUAAAAUCUGUGUUUUCGACUUAAAUUUUUUUUAUCCUAGUUUUUUCCAGAAAAUCUGUAUUGUCUGUAAAUCUGUAUUGAAUUUUUAAGCCUAAAUUUUAGCCAUUUUUUUAUUAUCAUUGUUUGGCAUAGUUAUUAUACGAUGUUGAAGGUAUCCACUUAGCGCUAGUCAGUGGCGUUGACUGGGGAGUGCGGGGAGUGCGGACUGCCCCCGGGUACACGAUUUUAGGGGGUGCAGAAACACCCUAAAUUAACAAAUACUUCACCAUUCACCAUACACUAUACACAGAUAGCGAAGAGGGAGGAGGUGCAACCAGCGCUUCCGCACCGGGUGCGAAGGCUCCACUCGACGCAACUGGCGCUAGUAAACACAAUGCGUAAUAAAAACACAGGUGCUUGUUUUGUAAUAAAUGUUUAAACAGUUGCAUUUGUUUAUGUUUGUUUGCAUUGCGCUACGUAAAUACCCAUAUCAUAACAUAUUCUUGAGCAAACGAUUCCAAAACUGGAUAACUGUCAACGAAUGAAAAGGGGACAUUAAUUUGGCAUGAAGCUAUGUGCUUAGGAUAAGGACAGGUUCUGAUAGAAUUUUUUUAUGCUUAAUAAAUUAAUCGGUAUGAUUUCAUUUAUUGUUCAACCGUUUACCAAUUAA